AUGACGAAAGACUCUGGCGAUGCGGUCGGAAAACCUCGAUACGGACUUGCUGACGAGGGGAGUGACCAGUUCGCCCUCGUCCUCAAACCCGUACUCUGGUUUUCCAAGCUGCGAGAGCACAUCGACGGUGUCGCAUUGAGCCCUAUCAUCGCCGUCGAGAUUGUCCGCAUUGUCGAGUUUGGUAAAGAGGACAACCUUGGCUCAACGCUGGUGAUCGCGAGGUUGAGAGGCUCCGGCGAUGCGCUUUCCGAACCGAAGGAGCGCGUCGAUGAUGUCGCGUUUAAGCAGGAAAAGGUGAAAACCUUGACACGGACUCGAUGA